AUGAAGAUCACCGACAAGCUGCAAAAAGCCGAGAAGGAAGGCCGACCAUUCUGGAGUUUUGAAUACUUUCCUCCCAGGACUGCCCAGGGCCUGCAAAACCUAUUCGACAGAAUAGAGCGUAUGCGCGACCUCGGCCCCGAGUUCAUCGACAUUACUUGGGGCGCUGGCGGUAAGAAUGCAGACUUGACAAACUCUCUCGUGGAAAUCUGCCAGUCCACCAUCGGUAUCGAAACCUGCAUGCACCUCUGCUGCACCGAAAUGCCCAAGGAAAAGGUCGAAUGGGCCCUCAAGCAAGCCAAGCAAAACGGCUGCCAAAACAUUCUUGCCCUCCGAGGUGACCCCGUUGCUGGAACGUCCACCUGGGAGCCUACCCCCGGCGGUUUCAUGAACGCCAUCGAUCUCGUCAAGUACAUCCACCAGAACUACCCCGGAGACUUUUGCGUCGCCGUUGCUGGGUUCCCGCAGGGCCACCCCGAGUCUCCAUUGACGCCUGAAGGCAAAGAGCAAGAGAUGAAGUGGUUGAAGGAAAAGGUCGAUGCGGGUUCCGACUUCAUCUUUACCCAAAUGUUUUACGACACCGACAUCUUUUUCGACUGGGUCAAGCGGGUCAGGGCUGCGGGUAUCACCGUACCCAUCAUCCCCGGUAUCAUGCCAAUCCAGAACUGGGAAAAGUUUGACAAGUGGGUCCAGCGAGAAAACAUUAUCGUCCCCCAGCACUUUUACGAUGCCCUCAACCCCGUCAAGGGCGACGACGAAAAGGUCCGCCAAGUCGGUACCAAGCUUGUUGCAGAGAUGUGCCGAAAGAUCUUGGAGAACAAGGAGGCGGGUAUCAAGGGUCUGCAUGUGUACACUUUAAACUUGGAGAAGGGCGCGAGGAUGUUGUUGCAGGAGCUCGGAUUCGAAGGCAGGAGGGAGCAGAUUGCGCCUUUGCCCUGGAGGCCUAGUUUGACGCCAAGCAGGAGGGACGAGACUAUCAGACCAAUCUUUUGGGCCAAUCGAACGCGGUCAUACAUCUCCAGAACCGAAGACUGGGACGAGUUCCCCAACGGGCGAUGGGGUGAUUCCCGAUCUCCUGCUUAUGGCGAUCUUGACGGAUACCCCGUAUCCAUUGGCAUCUCUACCACUGAAGCUUACAACCUCUGGGGCAACCCCACCACCACCGCCGAGAUCUACAACCUCUUUGCUCGCUUCUGCCGAGGCGAACUGACCAAGCUCCCAUGGUCUACCCAGCCUCCUGCUUCCGAGACCUCCGUCAUCACCGACCAGCUCUCCAAGAUGAAUGAGCUCGGUUACUUGACCAUCAACUCGCAGCCUGCCGUCGACGGUGUGGCGAGCGACGACAAGGUCCACGGAUGGGGUCCCUCGGGCGGGUAUGUCUAUCAGAAGGCAUACCUCGAGUUCUUUGUCUCCCCCGAGCUUCUCUCGCCGUUGAUCAGGCGGAUCGAGCGUGACCCUCGUAUCACCUACUAUGCCGUCAACAAGCAAGGUGACCUCCGAACCAACACCCAUAGCGAAGGCCCUAACGCCGUCACUUGGGGUGUCUUCCCUGGCAAGGAGAUCAUCCAGCCCACCAUCGUUGAGGCCGUGUCCUUUGUCGCGUGGAAGGACGAAGCUUUCGAGCUCGGUCUCCAGUGGGCCAACCUUUACCCCGCGGGUUCUCCCUCCAGAGAGCUGGUGACAAAGGUGAUGAACAAUUCAUAUCUCGUCAACAUUGUUGCCAACGACUUUAGGGAUGGUCUGUCCAUCUUUGAGCCCUUCUUGCUCGAUCAGACGCCUGUCGGCAAAGUCGUCGAAGGCGUGAAAGACGUCGUGGAGGGCGUCGUGGAGGGCGUGAAGAGCGUCGUGGCGGAGUAG